CACCACAAGAGUUUGAAGUCAGGGGUAAGAAGCGCAAACGACUGGACAAUUGAGCGUACGGGAAGGGAGGGUUGCGCGUCACGAUCGCCGCUUCCAUCCUUAUCAAAUGCUGCUUCUCCAAACACCUUUGGCCUGUCCUGUCCAUUCUUCCUUGUUUUGACCUGUAAGCGCAGACAAUCGUUUUUAUCCUCUUUUCUAUUCUGGUGCUGCUCACUGCGGCUCGCCUGACUUUCUUUUGGUCGGCUUGUUCUGCCCUUGUAGCGCUGCAUUCCAGUUAAAUUACCGCGGGGUCAGAUCACCCGGAGCCUCCGUUCACUUUCGCUCUCUCGCUCACUGCGCAGCAUCAAGUCUCUCUACAUAAUUAUCAUCAUCUCUACGAUCUCCUCAAACCUCUCUUGCUCCAGUCACGAACCUCUGCAACGAACAUGAACGUUAACAAGAAACUCGAUCGCUUGAAACAAUGGGCCGGAGAGCGCAUGGGAGGGGAAGUCAAGACCAAUGUGUCGGACGACUUCAAGGCCCUGGAAGCAGAAAUGGGCCUGCGUCAGGAAGGCCUGGAGAAAAUGCAGAAGUCCAUGACAGGAUACGUCAAAGCUGUUUCCAAAAGAUCCGAAAUCGAAGGCAAGGAGAAGACACUGCCGAUCGCAUACCUAGGUGGAACUAUGAUCUCGCAUGGAGAAGAUUUCGAUCCCGACUCUGAAUACGGACAAUGUCUGACGAUAUUUGGACGGACGCAAGAGAGGUUGGCUCGUGCACAAGAGACAUACAUAUCAGCUGCUACAACAUCCUGGCUUGAGUGUCUGGAAAGAUCUCUCGUUCAGAUGAAAGAAUUCCAGGCUUCACGCAAGCGACUCGAGACAAGAAGGCUUGCUUACGACACAUCUCUGGCCAAGAUGCAGAAAGCGAAGAAGGAAGAUUUUCGAGUUGAGGAGGAAUUACGGACCCAAAAGGCGAAAUACGAAGAAUCGGCGGAUGAUGUUCAACGAAGGAUGGAGGAGAUCCGUGACUCUGAUCCUGAAAGUGUCACGGACCUGGCAGCCUUCCUUGACGCCGAACUGGCGUACCACGACAAGUGCAGGGAUGCUUUGUUGCAACUCAAGAGUGAAUGGCCCGCUAGGUCACAACAGUACCGCGGAUCUCGCCCAAACCCACGAUCCAGGUCGAACACUGUCAGAUCUUAUACACAGUAUUCCGAGCCAAUCGAAGAACCAGCUCCAGUAGUCGAAGUCCGGCCUACAAUCAAAUCGAGUCGGUCACAGACAACCCGAUACGGAGAGCCGCCCUAUGAGUCUUCGCCGAGACCACACUUUGCUCGAGCAACCACGUACGACACUGGUCGAGACCUGUCUCCUGCCAAUAUGGCUCGCAUCUCGCGAGUACCAAGCGAUUCGCUGAUGAUUCGCACCGCACGAUCACAACUCCGCAACGUUGAGGAACAGGACGUCUUUGCAGACGAGUCAGGCUCUUAUACCAACAGCAGUCCUGACCAUGUUUAUGGCGAACAGUCAGUGUCACCUGCUACCUCACACGGAAGUGGAUCGUUCACCCCUUUAAAAAAGAGUGGUGCACCGCCUCCGCCACCUCCUUCUCGAGCGAAAAAGCCGCCUCCACCUCCUGUACCAGCCAAACGGACUAUUCUGACGUAGAAACGAGCCAAGUAUAAUGUCACUUUAGCAUGCCGGGUGUUGGAAAGCCUUCUGGAUACGAUCGGCGAGUACGGCGUUCAACGAGAUUUUGGGGAGUUCUGCAAACCAGUAGAACGGGGAGUCCGGGUUGGCUGCGGAUGGCAGCGUCUAUCAUAGAUACCACGUUAUAUUAUCAAGUAUAGCAAGCAUGCAUCGAUUGACCCAGGAA